UUUGAACACAUGUGGUCCAAUGGUUCUUGAUGCUCUCAUCAAAAUUAAAAAUGAAAUGGACCUGACACUCACCUUUAGACGCUCAUGUAGAGAGGGUAUCUGUGGCUCUUGUGCUAUGAACAUCAACGGGGGCAACACCUUAGCCUGCUUAAACAAAAUAGAUACAAAUACCAGCAAAGUGAUGAAGAUUUACCCCCUGCCUCGCAUGUAUGUUGUGAAAGAUCUUGUCCCUGAUAUGAGCAACUUUUUUGCACAGUACAAGUCCAUCGAGCCAUAUUUAAAAAAGAAGGAUGAGUCAAAGCAGGGAAAAGAGCAGUACCUCCAGUCAAUCGAGGACCGCCAAAAGCUGGAUGGUCUGUAUGAAUGCCUUCUGUGUGCGUGCUGCAGCACUAGUUGUCCUAGUUACUGGUGGAAUGGAGACAAGUACCUUGGUCCAGCUGUGCUCACGCAGGCGUAUAGGUGGAUGAUUGACUCUCGUGAUGACUUUAUAGAAGAGCGCCUGUCCAAAUUACAGGACCCUUUCUCCCUCUACCGCUGUCACACAAUAAUGAAUUGUACAAAGACAUGUCCCAAGGGACUCAAUCCUGGAAAAGCCAUAGCAGAAAUUAAGAAAAUGAUGGCAACUUAUAAAGAAAAGAGAUCGUCUGCCAUCUGACUUGUAAAUGCAGGAAAUAUCAUGUACUUGGUUUAAAUUAUUGUGUAAAUGUGUGAAUUCAGCAUGGAGUGUUCGCUAAUAUGGGAUAUUUAGUUUUUAUAUUGUUUAAUAGUGGAGACCUAUAUUUACUGCUAAUGAAAAGUAAAUCUACAACAAGACCUGCAUUUCAUUUCUAUUUUAACCUGAUUGUAGUUAUACUGUACAUGAAUAUCUGAAUGCAGGAACCUGUAAAAAUGGCAUAAUAUUUAACAUAUCAUAGCAUAAUAUUUGUCUGUCUUGUAGUUUGUCUUUGUGUGGUAGAUUCUUACUGUACACUUAAUGUUCUAUACUUGCUAUAAAACAUACAAAUAUCUGCAUGUUUAAGAUCACACUCAUCUGUUUCCAAAAUAUGUGCUCUGCAUAGGUUAGAAAG